UUAGAAUCGAGUGAUAAAGGAACGAUGAAAAAUAAUCGUUACGUUUUGCAUUACGAAAGUGUACUUUAAUUGCGAUAUUUCCCUCCUCCAUUUUGCUCCCCCCCGCGUUAAUUCGCGCGAUGUUAAACACACGAAAAAUUCAACCGCGCUAAUUAGAACUAAAAUUAAUUAACGCGGCCCGGUUAGUUAGAUCCGCAUUAAUUCCCCGUUAAUUAAUGCCGAUCCGAUUUCAACGCGAUGCCAUAGAUCUGCCUCGCCGCGGAUGACAAGCGGUACGAUACGAAGGAAGCGAAACACUCGGAUUGAUCGUCGUGGACGGAUCGUGCGCGGCGAAGGAGAAAAGAAAUCGACACAAUGUCGUACAACCUGUCCAUCUCGCCGAUCUGCCCGGAUCCGAAUCUGGGGCCGAGCCUCGCGCAGGUGUGCCCGGGGCCUCAAUUUUUCACGUUCAUGAGCCUGUUGAACACGUUCGUACUCGCCAAGGAGGAGGUCUCGCUGCUGUGCGAGCGAUUCGAGCCCGUGGAACCUGCCGAGUAUUAUUACGAUUUCAUCGUGGUGGGCGGAGGAACAGCCGGCUCCGUGGUGGCGUCCAGACUGAGCGAGCAACGGGAAUGGAAAGUUUUGUUGCUCGAGGCCGGCCCGGACGAGCCGCCUGGCACCGAUGUUCCCAGCAUGGUGGCCAUGUUUCUAGGAAGCGAUAUCGAUUGGGGUUAUCGAACGACGAACGAGAAGAACGCCUGCCUGUCCUCGGGCGGAUCCUGUUUCUGGCCGCGUGGCAAAAACCUCGGAGGCACCUCGAGUCACAACGGCAUGAUGUACACGCGGGGUCAUCCCAAGGAUUACGACGACUGGGCGGCGAUGGGCAACGACGGAUGGUCGUGGCAGGACGUCCUGCCGUAUUUCAUGUGCUCGGAGAACAACACGGAGAUCGAUCGAGUCGGGCGGAAAUAUCACUCGACCGGCGGGUUGCUCAACGUGGAGAGAUUUUCUUGGAGGCCGGACAUUUCCAACGAUAUACUGGCCGCGGCGGCCGAGUUGGGAUACCCGAUCCCCGAGGAGUUGAACGGCGAUCAAUUGACCGGGUUCACGGUCGCGCAAACGAUGAGCAAGGACGGUGUCCGACGGAGCGCAGCCACCGCUUUCCUCCGCCCGUUCCGUGACAGGAGAAAUUUACAAGUCGUUACCAACGCCACCGUGACCAAGAUCCUGUUGAAGGAGAAGAAGGCGGUCGGCGUGCAAUAUUACAAGAACGGCGAGCUUCGCGUUGCGCGUGCCUCUCGGGAAAUAAUCGUUUCGGGGGGCGCCGUCAACUCCCCUCAGAUCUUGCUGCUCUCCGGGAUCGGGCCGAGGGAGCACUUGGAGGCCGUGAACGUGAGCGUCGUCCACGAUCUCCCGGGGGUCGGGGAGAACCUGCACAACCACGUCUCGUUCACGCUGUCGUUCAGCAUAGAUCGGCCGAACGAGUUCGACCUGAACUGGCCGUCCGUGGUGGAGUACGUCGCGUUCGCCAAGGGGCCCAUCGCCUCGACGGGUCUGUCGCAGCUGACGGGGAUCGUGCCCUCGAUGUACGCGACCCAGGACCACCCCGAUCUCCAGAUCUUCUUCGGCGGGUACCAGGCGGCUUGCGCGACCACCGGCCUCGUGGGCAGCUUGAUGGGCGACGGCGGCCGCCACAUAAGCAUCUCGCCGACCAAUCUCCACCCGCGCAGCAGAGGUAGCCUUCGACUGGCGAGCAACGACCCCUUCGCGAAGCCCGUGAUCCACGCCAACUACUUGAGCGACCCGCUCGACGAGGCCGUCCUCCUCCACGGAAUCCGGAUAGCCUUGUCGCUGAGCAACGCCACCUCUUUGGCCAAGUACAACGUGACGCUCGCCAACCCUCGGCUGCAGGCCUGCUCGCAGCACCCGUACGCGAGCGACGAAUAUUGGAGGUGCGCGAUGCGGCAGGACACGGGCCCGGAGAACCACCAGGCCGGUUCGUGCAAAAUGGGCCCGGCCGCCGACCCAGCGGCGGUGGUCGACUCGAGGCUGAGGGUGCACGGCAUCGCGGGGCUGCGCGUCGCGGACACGUCCAUCAUGCCUCGGGUGACGUCCGGGAACACGGCCGCUCCAGCGAUCAUGAUCGGCGAGAGGGCAGCCGCUUUCGUCAAGUCCGACUGGGGUGGUGCGCCGGCAAAAUGUAGUUCCCACCCCACGCUCGACAACUCGUUGGAUCUGUUGCUUUGGGGGAUCAAAUACAUCGACUGGGACCAGGGUGACUGGUAGUCAAGACCCCUGCUCGAUCUCUAGUCUUUCCUUCCGGUUGCGCACAGGAUAUUUGCGCAGCAGCAAAAUUUUAACCAGCCAUCGUCGCGUACGCGAGCGAUCGGAAAGCGUUAUUGAUCGCGCUAAACUCGAUUAGCUCGACUCGAUCAUCUUUAUCGUCGUAUGUGAACGUCGUUAUAUCGAGACCAAAGAAAUGUAAAUCGCUGCUACGAAUGCGGAUAAAUAAAUUGAAUUGCCUCUGACUUGUCCCGCA